GUGAACUGAUUGAUCUUUCUUUGGUGGUUUUCUUGGUUGGUUGGGACACUGCAGAUGGAGGGUGAUACUAAGGGGUCAGUUAAGGGUGGAGAGGCAUCUGCAAAAAGGGAUGUCCAAUCAAGCUCAAAUGCACAGAUCACUCACUUAGGUUCAUUCUCACAAGGUGUUAACUAUGGAAAUUCUCAAGCCCAACAUCUGAUGGUUCCCAUGCAAAACACAGAGUAGAAACUUUCAGUUCCUUCAACCAGUUACAUGUCUGAAUCUCAUUCAACAUGCUGUUUGAGUGCCUAUUAAGUAUGGAAGUGUCAACCUAAUGUUAAAAACUAACAUUUUGGGUGCUCUUCAUUCUCUUGUACUUCAAGUUAUUGUUUUCUAGUAUGGUUUUGUAUAUCAAGUUGUUCUUUAAAUAGUCAAUUCUUCAGAAUUGAAUGACUAUUCAAAGAAAAUACCGUAAUUAUUGGAGUGUUUAGACUUGCCACCUUCGCUAGGUUGUUGUAACAUUAAACACCCUAUGUUAUUGUUCCCUUGAAUUGUUAUUUUUGAAAUUGUUAGGGUUAAUGAUGAUUAUUGGUAUUAUUUUUUUCAUGAUGCUGGUGUCCAUAUGGUAGUAAGCCUUUACUACAUCUGCCUGUUUCGGUGGCUUUUUGGUACAGCAACUGUCCCUGGAUUAUAUUGAUUACUGACAGUUCUUUUACUGCUGCAAUUUGCUUAAAGGUCCCCUCAGAUACGGAGUGAUGCUGCCAAUUCUGCGUCACAGGCAACGACUGUGCCAUAGGGCCAUAGCCUCACCAUAAUUGCUAAUCUUCUGUUCUAUUUGGUUCUAGUUAAUAUACGGGAAUAAUCAACCAAUAUUUGGUUCUGGCCCAUUGCACCUACCACAGUCCAUUUCAAACUGCUGAUGCUUUCUGGCUUUGGCUGUAGCUCGGGCACGCCGAAAUGUCCUCAUCAAAGUAAAUUGGCUUUUCCGUU